CGCAACCAAAACAAAACCUUGCCUUGAAGUCAGGUGGCAAAAUGCCCACUAUCAAAUUUUCCGAGGUUUUGUCCUUCACCAGCGAGGAUCCCAAUCACCCCGCAGAUAACCUCCUGAGGCAGGAAACACAUCGGAAAUGGAAGUGCGCAGCAGGAUUAUCAGAGAAACAAGCAUCCGUCACCUUGAAGUUGGAGCGGCUUACGUCCAUUCGCUCCAUUGACCUCGGCAAUGCUGGGUCGGCCUUUGUGGAGGUUCUGGCAGCGCGGGAAGAUGCCAACUUUAAGGUCCUCCUUGUGGCCUCCUCCUUCAUGACCCCCAUAGAGUCCAGAAAUGCGUCAGAUCUCCACAGAGUGCGCAUGUUCGGGCCCGACAAACUGAACAAAGACGUGGCCAGUGAGAAAUGGGACCGCAUCAAGGUGGUGUGCACGCAGCCUUUCAACAAGAACCUGCAGUACGGACUCUCCUUUGUCACGGUUUCAUCUGCUGCAGAGGAGGCAACCCCCACAACUCCAAAGGCAAUUAGGCUUGGGAGUUUUACCCUAAAGGAGGAGGAGGAGUCUGAUCCCAUAUCCAUCGGGUCUGUCUUUGCACGCAGGAAGGAGAAGGAUGCUUCACCCUCCCCUCUCUCAGGUGCAGCUGCAAUCAGAGCUGCCUCGGCUGCAGCAGCAUCAACAUCAACGGCAACAGGAGGAGGAGGGGGGGGAGUAAGUAGCCCUGGACCAGGGAGCCUAAAGAGAAAAGCCCUGGAAAACCCGCCAGAUGUAGGCUUCUACCAACUCAAGAAGAAGCCCGCACACGAAACAACAGAAAGCAGAAACAAAGAACGUGACAGGCCAAAAAUGAAGAGGGAAGGGAGCAGUACAGAGAGGAAAAAUACAGCAGAGAGAAAGGAGGAAAAGGAGAAGAAGAAGACUAAUGAGAGAGACAGAGGAGGGGGCGAAAGCAGUAGUAGCAGAAAGAACAGCGACCGGAGAAAGGAGGAAGAGGGAAAGGAAAGAGCCGGAGGGGAGACGAAAAGGGAGACCCACAAGAGGAAGCGAGAAGGAAGCGCAGGGGGAGAGAGAAAGAGGGAGAAAGAGAAUACCCCAACAACGUCUCAGAAGAACCAGAGGAAGACCGAGCCGUUUGCGUCACUAAUGAAGGACGUAGUGUUUGUUAUGAGCGGCUACCAGAACCCGCAGAGGUCUAACCUGCGCGACAUGAUGCUGGAUAUGGGGGCAAAGUACAAGCAAGAUUGGGAGCCCUCUUGCUCGCAUCUCAUAUGUGCUUUCACCAACACACCCAAAUUCAUUCAGGUGAAAGGCAAGGGAAAGAUUGUGACGGCCAAAUGGAUCACCGAUUGCCACAAGAACAAGAUACGGUAUCCAUGGAGAAGAUACCAGCUGGAGCGAGGACGUAAUGCAGACGAGAGCGAAGACGAGGUUUGGGCCGAAGAGCUCUUGCCCCGGGAGGAGCGUCGCGCCAAGUCUCCCAGCCAGAAACGCCGACCUUCAGCUGCAGAUGUCGCUGACACUGACAGUUACAACAUGGCAACAGACAGCGAAAGUGAAGAAGACACAGAUGAUGAAAUAGAAAGAGUACUGGCAAAAAAGAAGACAAGUGAGAGAGAGAAAGAAUCAGUGAAACUUCAGAGAAUGGACUCGGCAGAGAGAAAAGACAAGAAUGGAGAGAAGAAGGAGCCAGUUCCAAGAAAAGAAAGAGAAACAGAAAGACAAGAAGAGGCAGAAUGCAGAAGAGAGGAAGAGCAGCAGGUGAAAACAGCCAAUGGAAAGCUCCGAGGGGAAGCUGGAGCCAAAAGGGACAAGAUGGAGACCUCCGGGGAUGAACCCAAGAAGAUGGUCAAUGGACGGAAGGAAGGAGCUGGUAAGGAGUGUGAGGCGUCAUCCUUGUCCAUAGCAGAAGGCUGGGAAAAGCGGAAAGAAGGGAAGCAAGGGGAAAAGGGAGGAAAGACAGCGGAAAGGAAGGAAGCGGAAGCGAACGGCUUUGCAAAAGGGGGCAAGAGAAAGCAGGAGGAAGACGAGGAGGCAGACUAUGAUGCUGACACAGAUGUAGAUGAGGACAAGAAGAAGUAUCUGCAACCUCCCGAUACCUCGGCCCUGCCCCUCCCCUCCCUGGGCGGCCACUUCACUGGCAAGGUCUUCUUCAUCUACGGCGGGAUGGACGAACGUGCCAAGAAGAUGGUGCGCAGAUAUAUCGUCGCUUUUAACGGGACACUGGAGGAGUACAUGACUGGAGAAGUGCAGUAUGUAGUCACCGAGGACGAGUGGGAUGAGAACUUUGAUGCCGCCCUGGAGGAGAACCCGAGUCUGCAGUUUGUGAAGCCGACGUGGAUCUGGCAGUGCAGCAACAAGGGAAAGUUGGUCCCUCAUCAGCCCUACCUGGUGGUGCCCAGGGAGUGAGAAUUGGAUCUGACUAUUUUUCUCCUUUCUGCAUCAGUAUUUUCAGUUGCUUUUCAUAGAUACAAUUUACUGCAAGUAUUAUAGAGAAAGAGGAAUGUGUGUAAGUACAUGUACAUGAAUUUCACUCCUGGGACUUGUAUUUGUAUCUCUUCCUAAUUAAAGCAACAGUUGUUAACAGCUAAAUCAUGGCAAAAUCAAGUGAUGAAAGUGAGAGCUUAAAAUGUGUACUAAAUUGACCAUAUUCUUUGUUAAUGAGAUUCCAGAUAUUUAUUACAUGUACUGUACAAAUUACCAAUAAAUGAUUGGGAUUAAAGAAAAUGAAAAAGAAAAAAAAAAAAAAUUUCUAAUCCUUUUGACGCAAACAAAAAUGAAGUGGAUAUAAAAAUCAAGAAAAAAAAUGGUAUUUACUGAUUAUGAAAAAAAGAAUAAAAAAGAAGACUAAUGUGAGACUCCUAUAUUUAAUUAUUGUUUUAAACAAAUGUGCUAGACAUCAAAGGUCAUAUAGCACUAUGGUAAAGUAUUGAGGUGGGAGGGAUUUAAAGCUCUUUUCUUAGAUCAAAAUGCCUUAGUUUUCAGUGGGGUAGGAUAGGGAUUGACAGAAGGAGAAAGGUUAAGGACAAAUGGUAAUUAGAUCAAAUAGAAGGUAUUUAUGUAUCUGAGGAAGAACAGGCUGUUGAGUGGAAAGGUCAGGGAUACCAUGAUGAUGUUGGGGGGGUUGGGGAAAAGAAGACAAGGAAGGAAAAGCAAGGGUGUACAGGCUUCAGUAAAAUGGGGGCAGGAUAGUAGGAUAUGUGGAACUGAAAAAAAACAUUGCAUGUAGAACAUAGGGGUGGGUUGGAGUGUGAUUUGAGGUAUGAUUGCAUGAGUUGGGUAUGACAUUCUUAAACAGGCAAGGACAAUUUCCCAGUGUUUGUUCUGGUGGUAUGGAGAUGACCAAGGGGAGAUGAAAGUUUGAAGUUUAUUGGUAAUCAUACCUGACCAGCAAGACUGCCAUUGGUUAUAUAAGAAAGUUUUGAAGUGGGGGUAGUAGACGGUGGCUGGAAUAUGUUAAAAGCAGUGUUGGUGAGUUAUAGACAAGGCAUCUGCUUGUUCAUAUGCUGACAUGGCUUGGUAUCCAGCAAAACUUUACUGCUUUCUGUUAUGCAGACAGAUAAAACAACUGGUCUUGUAUCUUACAGAGACUAUAGAAGCUAUUGUGGAUAUGGAGAACAGGGCUAGGAAGAGAAGGACAUUUGCCUAAUAGUUUAUGAAUCAACCACCAGACUGCAGAGACAGGGGCAGAUGAUUUUAUGGUUAAUGGUUAAAAGAAAUAAAUGUGCUAGAAAUCAAAGGUCAUAUAGCACUAUAACGGGUGUAGUGGGGGGGGGAACGCAGGGGAACGGCAUUCCCCCAGCGAUUUUUCCAUAAGUUUGUGAAAAAUCGGCAAUUUAAC